AGAAACUCUCUCAAAAUGAUGAAAACAUCUAGAACAAUGAGGCCUAUGGUCUUCAAAUUCCAACCCUCAACCCUCCCCGCACUCAUUCGCAACUCCUCGGCCUGGUCAGUGAAGUCAUACGAGUAUAUCCAAACCACAGAACCCCGUCCAGGAGUCGGUCAAAUAACGCUCAACCGCCCCAAAGCCCUCAACGCCCUUUCCACCCCCCUAAUAAACGAGCUCAACAGCGCCCUCUCAUCCUUCGACGCCUCGAAAUCAAUCCACGCCAUGAUCAUAACCGGCUCCCAAAAGGCUUUCGCAGCCGGCGCAGACAUCAAAGAAAUGGCCCCCCUAACCUUCUCGGAAGCCUACACAACCUCCUUCAUAGAAUCAUGGUCCUCGCUCACCAGCACCAUAAAAAAGCCCAUCAUAGCCGCCGUGUCCGGACACGCGCUGGGAGGCGGGUGCGAGCUAGCGCUGAUGUGCGAUAUUCUAUAUUGCACAGACACUGCGAAUUUCGGCCAGCCGGAAAUCAAGCUGGGCACGAUACCUGGGGCAGGGGGUAGUCAGAGGUUGACGAAGGCGGUGGGGAAGGCAAAGGCAAUGGAGUUGAUAUUGACGGGGAAGACGUUUUCGGGGAAGGAGGCGGCCGAGUGGGGGGUGGCGGCGAGGACGUUUGGGACGUAUGAGGAUUUGAUGGAGGGGGCGUUGGGGACGGCAGAGACGAUUGCGGGGUAUAGUAAGGUGGCGGUUAUGGCGGCCAAGGAGGUGGUCAAUAAGAGUCAGGAUCUGGGGGUUAGGGAUGGAGUGGAGUUUGAGAGGAGGGUUUUCCAUUCUUUAUUUGGGAGUGAGGAUCAGAAGAUUGGGAUGACGGCUUUUGCGGAGAAGAAGAAGCCUGAGUGGACGCACAAAUAG